CCCUCCCUCCCCAUCCCCCGGCUACCGCGCCGGCGCGGUGUGCCUCCGGGGCCUCCCGAGGAGCCGGCCCGGCCGCCAUCAUGAGGCUGCUGAAGAAGGAGCUGGAGAAGGACAACGCGGGUCGGGUGACGCUGGUGCCGGAGGAGGCGGAGGACAUGUGGCACGCCUACAACCUGCUGCAGGCGGGCGACAGCCUGCGCGCGUCCACGGUCCGCAAGGUGCAGACGGAGUCGGCGACGGGCAGCGUGGGCAGCAGCCGGGUGCGGACCACGCUGACGCUGCGGGUGCGGGCGGUGGACUUCGACGCCCGGGCCUGCCGCCUGCGGGUGCGGGGCACCAACGCGGAGGAGAACGAGCACGUGCGGAUGGGCGCCCACCACACCAUCGAGCUGGAGCCGCACCGGCCGUUCACCCUGGCCAAGGCCCGCUGGGACAGCGUGGUGCUGGAGCGCGUGGAGCGGGCCUGCGACCCGGCCUGGGCGGCCGACGUGGCGGCCGUGGUCAUGGAGGAGGGCCUGGCCCACGUCUGCCUCGUCACCCCCUGCAUGACCCAGGUCCGCGCCAGGGUGGAGGCCGCCAUCCCCCGCAAGAGGCCGGGCCGCGCCGCCCAGCGCGACCGCGCCGUCGACCGCUUCUUCGACCGCGUGGCCGAGGCGCUGCGCCGCCACGUCCGCCUCGAAGGCGUCAAGUGCGUCGUCGUCGCCAGCCCCGGCUUCGUCCGACAGCGCUUCCUCGACCGCCUCUUCCAGCGGGCCGUCCGCGACGGAGACAGGGCGCUGCUGGACCACAGGGCCAAGUUCCUCCAGGUCCACUCCUCCUCCGGGCACAAACACUCACUGACAGAGGUCCUCAGCGACCCGGACGUGGCCAGCCGCCUGUCGGACACCAAGGCCGCCGGGGAGGUCAAGGCGCUGGAUGACUUCUACAAGAUGCUGCAGCACGAGCCGGACCGGGCUUUCUACGGCCUGAAGCAGGUGGAGAAGGCCAACGAAGCCCUGGCCAUCGACGUCCUGCUCAUCAGCGACGAGCUCUUCCGGCACCAGGACGUGGCCACCCGCAGCCGGUACGUGCGCCUGGUGGACGGCGUGCGGGAGAACACGGGCACGGUGCACAUAUUCUCCAGCCUCCACGUGUCCGGGGAGCAGCUCGGCCAGCUGACCGGAGUGGCCGCCAUCCUGCGCUUCCCCAUCCCCGAUCUCUCCGACCAAGAAGACAGCUCCAGUAGUUCCGGAGAGGAUUAGGGGCCGGGAUCCGACCCCCUCCAUCCCCGACCCCCCCCC